AUGAUUGCACGUUGCUGGCUAAUUGUGGUCGCGAUAACCGUGUCUUGGCGGACUCGAGCAAAAACAACUGAAAAACAGUCUCCGAGAAUUUUUCUCCCGGGGGAUGUAAUUUUGGGUGGUUUGUGCCCACUUCAUAACCCUCCGGGAACCAGGCAGGAAGAUCCAGCUCAGAACUCCUACGGAGAAAUUGUUGGUCACUGCGGCGGACCGUUUAAUUUUCGAGGACUUCAACACGCUGAGGCCAUCCUUUACGCGGUGGAUCAGAUCAACAAAAACGAAACUUUGCUACCUGGUAUAACUAUAGGCGUCGACAUAAAAGAUACUUGCAACAGUGUCGAUCAUACCAUUAGAGAAUCGUUGAAAUUUGAGUUUGUUCGAGAGGCAUAUCUGCGCGUGGAAGGCGACGAGGGCGUGUGUGGAUCUUCUCUGAAAACUUCCGCUAAGAGUAGAGGUAGAGUUGUGGCGGUGAUUGGAGCAGCAUAUAGCGGAAUAUCAAUAGCAGCCGCAAACCUCGCCGGAUUAUUUCAUGUUCCUGUUGUAAGUUACGCGUCCACGAGUCGCCUUUUAAGCGACCGCAAACGCUUUAAAAACUUCCUUCGCACUGUCCCGUCUGACACCCGCCAGGCUCAAGCGAUGGUUGAUGUGAUCCGAGAAUUUGAUUGGAACUUUGUCUCUACUAUCGCUUCUGAUACGGAGUACGGCCGAUCAGGAAUUGAUUCGUUCAAACAGGCUGUGAAUAACCAAGCAGACCAUCGCGUCUGCAUCGCCGUGGACGAAGUCUUCACCGUGCGAACUCCAAAGGCGAGAGUGCGAGAAAUUAUAAAGAAGAUUCGCGAACAUCCCGAGGCUAAGGUAAUCGUGCUUUUUGCUGAAUUAAACGACGCUGACUACUUCAUAAAUACAGCAAGGGAGCAGAAUCUGACUGGAUACAUUUGGAUGGGCUCCGACGCCUUUUCUCAUUCAUACUCAGUUUUGCGUCCUAACAAAGAUGUUCUUAAAUACUGGAUCGCAACAGAACCUAAUUCGAACGUUUAUGAAGCCUUCAGGGUUUAUUUUCAAAACAUUACCAAAGAACGCGUGAAACGAAAUCCGUGGCUAAGAGUUUAUGAGAAGUAUGUAGCAAAACUGUUGAAUACGAGUGAUCCGGUUGACUAUUCAUCUUACACAACAACGGCGGUAGAUGCAGUCUACGCUGUUGCGUACGGCUUACAUGAUAUGUACCAUUGUUCCAAUACGUCUUGCUUUAUUGAUGUUUCAAACACACUACAAACAGAAGUUUAUAACUUUAUAAAGAACGUUUCAUUUUUGUCCCCUACUGGUCACCAUGUGUCGUUUGAUGAGACUGGAAGCACGCCUUCUUAUUAUAACAUUCGUUUUCUGAAGAAUCGACGCGGGAAAUAUCACUUUGAUAUCCUUGGUUCUUGGCUUCUGGGUAAGGGAUUCAGAUUUUCGCCCCAGUACAAGCACUAUGAACACCCACUCAGCACAUUACAGUCCUAUGCAAGAUGUAGUCCAAAAUGUCACCCAGGCUUCUGGAAACAACCUAAAGAACACUACCCAGAAUGCUGUUGGAACUGCAUUCGUUGUCGUGGAAACAGUGUCUCUAACCACUCAGGCGCCACAACUUGUGUAAGUUGCCCGGAUGGAUCAAAAGCGAAUUAUGCCAAGUCCUCUUGUGACGUCAUCCCUAUAACUGAAAUCUACAAAACCCCAGCUGGCAUAGCGGUCGCAGGUGCCUGCACUGUCGGUGUUGUUGCUGUUUUUCUAACUUUUAUAUCCUUGUUUAACAAAAGAAAAACUCCACUUGUGAAAGCCUCAAGUCAGGAAAUCACCUACGUCUUACUGUUUGGACUUGCUUGGUGUUAUAUCAUUCCCAUAUCGUUGCUUCUGCAACCGACACACCUCCUCUGUCAAACUCGCCCUUUUGUGUUGAGCAGCGGUAUUGCCAUGGUGAUAGGCUCGCUUCUGACGAAAACCAAUCGCAUUGCGCGAAUUUUCAGUGCAAAAAUCAUGCGAACUGGAAAUACGAACUACCUUAGCAACAAGUGGCAGCGGGUGUUUGUGGGCCUGUGCAUUGUCUUGGAAAACUCUUUUGCAGCCUUGUGGAUCAUCACAUCCCCCAUAAAGGCGACUCGUGUCUCUCAUGGAAGCCAUGAGGUAUUGAUAGAGUGUAUGACAGAUUCAAUGUUGGGAUUCACCAUCUGGGCUGCGAUUAACGUCGCACUUGUCCUGCUUUGUACCUAUCAAGCCUUCCUGGUACGCAAAGUCCCGGAGAAUUUCAACGAAGCUAAGUUCAUUGCCUUCAGUAUGGUGACAGUCUGUGUAAGUGGAGCGGUCUUCGUGCCGACAUUUUUAGGCACAAAGGGACUCUACAGGAUAAUUUUAACCUGUUUUCUCGUUAUUUUUUGCUCUACUAUAGCUCUCGUUAGCCUGUUUGCUCCUAAGGUGUAUAUUAUAUAUUUCCGUCCAGAGAAGAAUAAACCACACCCACAAAAGACCGAUCCUAAAAUAGGAGCGCCCAGGCCAGAGUAUUAUCGUUCAGUGUCUUCAUUGAGUACUAUAACUGCAUGUGUAACGUUGGAUGACUUGGACACCCCAAAGCUUUCCGAUGUACUGGAUGUUCAAAACUCGCAUUUACCACAAGGUAUACCCGAGGGUACACCCUCCAAAAGCACGGAAACAAAGUGGAGUUAG